AUGUCUACGACGCCUGUAAAGGUUCUAACAGUUGGUGCAGCAGCAGGCUCCAUUCGCGACCUCUUCGGCAAAGUGAAAUCAAUCGACUCGAAACAUGGCAAGUUCGACUUUGUCCUCUGCGUUGGCGACUUUUUCGGGCCACCGAAGGAUGCUCCUGACGAUGAGGAUGAAAUGGUGCAGCUGCUGGAUGGGAAGAUUGAAGUUCCCAUCGAAUGUUACAUUAUGCAAGGAGGCAACCCUUUACCAGACGCUGUAAUUCAAAAAUAUUCGAAGACUGGGGGAGAACUCUGCAAAAAUGUGUUCAUGUUGACGAAAUCCGGGCUCGUCACGACGGCACACGGUCUCAGAAUCGCUUGUCUCGGUGGAAUAUACGAUGUUGAGGUCUACUCAACGUCAGAGGCCGCUCCUGGUUUCGCGUCGCCUUUCUUUUCCUCUCAAACAACAGAGAGGCUGCUUUCAAACACACUCAGCACCUCAAAUAAGAACCAAAAUUAUAAGUCUCUAAAUGCUAUUCAAGCCGGAUCGUCUUCUUCGCAGCUUGUCGAUAUAUUCAUCAGCAAUGUCUGGCCAGCCUCAGUAACAGAAAUGUCUGCAGUGCCUUUACCUUUUCCAGAACUCGCGUCUAUCGGUGUGUCCGCUUUGGAUGACACGAUUCGUCGGUUAAAGCCUCGCUACCACUUUGCUGCAAGUGGAGGCCAGCCACCUAUGUUCUGGGAACGGGAACCCUUCGUUUGGAAUGAUGAAGAGGGUCGCAUCUCGCGAUUUGUGAGCUUGGGUGCUUUUGGAGGAUCCCCAGUGACUGGUAAAAAACAGAGGUGGUUUUACGCGUUCUCUAUAUCUCCCAAUACGCCAACGACGGCGCCUGCCGCUCGUCCUGCAAAUGCCAGCAAAAAUCCUUUCACAGAGGCGACGCACCGCUCUCAAAAACGCGGCAUUGAGGAAUCAGAUGGUCAGAACUUCAUUUUUGGAGAUGUCAAAAAACCGAUGAAGCGCAGUCGCGUGGAUCAUGGGGAUAAGCCACCGCCAGGAUACAAAUGUCGACGAUGCGAGGGAACCGACCACUUCAUUGAUCAAUGCCCGGAACGGACCAAACCCCCUGAAGGUUAUGUUUGCAAGAUCUGUAACACGCCAGGACACCUUGUGCGUGACUGUCCAACCAGACACGCUGUGGGUGACACCGGUGGUCGCAAGCCCCGAGAAGGAUAUGUCUGCCGUGCAUGUGGAAGCGAAAAUCAUUAUAUCGAAGAUUGUCCUGUCGCCAACGAGCGCCCAAGUCGCGGCCGGGGAGGAAAGAGGGGACAUCCUCCCAGAGAGCUUGCUCCCGAUGAGUGUUGGUUCUGCUUGUCGAAUCCCAACUUGGCAAAGCACUUAAUCGUCUCCAUUGGCACCGAAUGCUAUGUGACGCUCCCAAAGGGACAAAUAAUACCAACCCAAUCGGCAGCAGAUCACGUUGACAUACCGGGCGGAGGACACGUUCUCAUCGUCCCCAUCACACAUUAUCCAACAUUCAACACGAUACCUCAUGAUCUGGCGGUACCCAUCAUUGAUGAAACUGAAAGGUACAAAACAGCCAUUCGAGCCAUGUUUGGAAAACAUAAAAUGGCAGCUACGUUUUUCGAAGUAGCGCGGUUGCGUCAAAAGGGCGGGCAUGGGCAUGUACAGGCUGUACCAGUGCCGUUUAAGCUUCAGAACAAGAUCGAGGAGACGUUUGUGAAUGAGGGCCGGUCGUUGGGCAUUGAGUUUGAAGAGAAUCCGGACGAGGCCUUGGCCUCCUGCUCAAACGGUCGAGGGAGCUAUUUCAGAGUGGACCUACCGGAUGGUCGGAAGAUGGUCCAUGUGAUGAAAGAUCACAUACCAUUCAGUAUACAAUUCGGAAGACAGGUACUGGUCAAUCUUUUGAAUACUCCGAGCCGUGCAGACUGGAAAGCUUGCAUGCUUUCAGAAGACGAGGAUAGGUCUGACGCUCAGGCCUUCAAAGCGGCAUUUGCGCCAUUCGAUCCUAGUGCAUGA